CACAAUUACAAACACAUAAGACGUCUUGAAUUGAAAGUCCCGCCUUUUUCUUGAUUCAUCACUACCAUCCAAAUGGCCGAACCCAAGAAAGUGGUGUAUGGAGUAGGAGUACAUGACGAUAAAUGUAAAAGGAAGGCUAUGAAAGCAAUUUCAAGCCUUGAAGGGAUUCAAUCCAUAGAUAUGAACAUGAAAGACAAGAAACUGACAAUUGUGGGCGUUGUUAAUCCGGUAUGUGGCUACAAGAAACUAACAAAGGUUUGCCACACUGAAAUUUUAAUCGUUGAGCCAGCUAAAAACCAAAAGGUUGAAACCAAACCUAAACAAAAUGAACCAAAGUGUCAGGUUCAAUAUAAUCCUUGUACGUCACAUGGUUACUAUGUUACUAUCGAGGAAAAUCCCAAUCGUUGUGUUAUUUCGUGACUAGUCGAUUUGAAUUGGGAAGUAUAUUUUAUAUAGGAGUUGAUCUAAAUAAAGUGGAAAAAAAGUAUGUACUUAAACGUCAUGUAUAGAUUGUUUGUGUUUUAAUGUGUGCGAGGCAACGGUAAGUUAAA